AUGGUACCAAAUGGAAUGCUCGUAGAUACACUUGGUUGGAGUCCCGACCGACCCGCCAAUUCUUGUAAACACAUCCUGGACUCUGGGAAUCACAAAGGAGAUGGGGAGUACUGGAUCGAUCCUGUCAAGAGUGGGAAUCCUCUUAAAGUCUAUUGUGACAUGACAACUGACGGUGGAGGUUGGCUCGUUGUCUGCAAUGUUGUUUUCGACGGCUUCUUCAAUAUAUCAGCGACGUCAUCCUACCGCGGAAUUCAAAACUAUGUCGAUCACAGUAAGAUGUGUCUUACCAAAGUAGCCAUGAAAAAAUUCCAAACUAUCUUGUCAUUUACUCAGUUAAGGUUCUACUGUAAAAAGCAAAAUCCUGGGCGAACGUUUCACGUGGUCACGGCCGCUAACAGUAGUGGUCAAGCUGUGAUUCAGUACUUCAGCGAUCUGACGGAUGCGCUGCCCAAAGCCUGUAGCUUGUUCGUAAGAAUGGAUGAUGACGACUCCUGGCUAGCUGAAAAGUGCCACGAAUGGGGGGCAGAGGAAAAUGAUAUUAAGGUCGGGAAGUGGGGACUUAGUGGCGUCACAGAGAGACUGUAUAAUCACGCGGCUUUUAUUUGGAGCCAUUAUCACUGGAUGAUACUACCCGAUAGGUGGGAAUGCGAUGACUUCCACGGUAACGUCACCAUUGGUGAUUUUUGGAAAAUCUUUGUUCGUUAGAAGCUG